AUGCAGAAUCUCUCGCAAGCGAAGGAACGCAAGCGAAGGAAGAUGCCAAAGAUAAACAAAGAGAAGCCUGUAACGGCGCAAGAGCUAUCCUCGACGCCUUCCAAACCGACGACCUCGUCUAUAAGCGCCGAUCCAGUGCUGGGACACAGGGUUGUCAUUCUCAUUCACAAUUUCCUCCAAUCGGCAAAGGAACCCGAUGCGCAACGACGCAUGGAUGCUAAGGCCGACGUCAACUACAUGAGUGGCCCUCAUUUCGAUGAAGAUCACGUCAAGAAAGUCGGAGAAUCUACUAUGAAUGUCGAGUUUCCAACGACUACCACUACAACCACUCAAGUCAAUUACGACGACGAAAAUGAAGAAAGUCAUGCGAAACUCAAGAUAAAAGGGUUGAGUGUGGAUGAUGCUAUCAAAACCUUGAUGAAGGGGUUCUUGGACAAGCGCAGGGCCAGCAGAGACUCUAGGUGUUGCGGAUCACACGACGUAGCUCCAAUAUAUGAAGCUUUUUUUUUUUUUUGGCAUACAAGGACCCAUUUGUUCGGAACAGCUGCAGUCUGCACCGGGCCGGUAGUCCAGAUGAGCGCCCUAGGAGGCAGUUUCUCGGAAAGGUCCGACGCCGCCUCCCCCAUGAGUACUACCUCGGACACGAGUGAUGAAGGUGUUGCACUCGAAAUUGACGACAGUGAGGACAAUGAUUCGACCCUUGACGACCGGAUGUCGUCGUACACCAAGUCGGUGACCUCUAGCGCAACGGAUUACCCUACAGAAUAUGGGCGGCGAUAUCAUGCAUUUAGAGCAGGAGGUAAGUGUAUUGAAUAUCAUGCUGCCACCCACAAGUGCCUCCGGGACCCUGCUCACUAUGACACGGCCUACUUUGCUCCCAACGACGAGGAUGAACUAGGUCGCCUAGAUUUCAACCAUGAGCUAGUCCUAAAGAUCCUCGAUUACAACCUCUUCUUAGCCCCAAUCGACGAGAAGGAGAUGCAGCGAGUACUUGAUAUCGGCACUGGCACGGGCAUCUGGGCUAUUGAGAUGGGUGACACUUUCCCAAACGCUCAGGUGUGUACUACUGCGAUCACAUUACACGACCGGAAGCUGAGUCGACAGAUCAUCGGCAACGACUUGAGUGCCACCCAACCAAACUUAGUUCCAUCCAACGUGAGGUUCGAGAUUGAUGAUGUGGAAAGUGAUUGGCUCUAUGAGGACCACUUCGACUUCAUCUUCAGCCGUUACAUGGCCGGAUCUCUUUCAGAUUGGCCCACACUUAUAAGUCGCGCCUAUGAAAAUUUGAGACCAGGCGGAUGGAUUGAAUUCCAGGACUACGAUUUCGAGUUCUCGUCCCAUGAUGGGAGCUUGACGCCAAAUCACUAUACUUAUCAGUGGGAUCAUCUCUUCAUGGAAGCCGCCAGAAGCGUUGGCCUCGACCCAUGUCCUGGAUCCAAGCUGGAGGCCUGGGUACGCGAGGCGGGAUUCGUCAAGGUCACGCAUCGUCUUAUCAAGGUGCCUAUCGGGCCGUGGGCUAAAGACCAGUAUCACAAAGAUAUUGGCAUGGGGAACUUGAUCCAGCUUCUGGACGGGCUCGAGGCAUUUACCUUGAGGCUAUUCUGUGGGAUUCUAGGCUGGACAGAGGAAAAGGUGUCGAUGCUGCUGUCCCACGUCCGCCAAGAGCUGAGAUCGGGCGCCUUCCAUGCCUAUGGCAAGUUGUGA